GUUAAUGUCAAAGAAUUUUAACACGAUCUCUAGAAAUUAUAAUACUCUCUGAUAUAGAUAUAGUCUGAUAUAGGUAUAGUAAUAUCUCAGUAUACUGCAGGUAUACUGUGCUAAUAUGUAGAGCUCCGGAAAGUUAAGAACAAACGUCAAGUGAAUGACAAUAAAAAUUUAGAAACACUAAUGGUAAUGAUGAGUUGUUGCCAUAGCAACCGCCAGUAUUUCAUAAAAUAAAGUUUUGUCUGGUUUUGCCGAAACUACAGUCAUUUGUUCACAAUAUUUACUACGUGUUAAACGUGUAGUUCCGUAAUACUCGUGUUAAAAGUAGUUUUGAAUCUAGACUUCGAGAAUGAUUGAUUGAAGAAUGAAAUCGUGAAUGUAGUAAUACUGGGUUUGGUUAAUUUAGAAACUACAUUGAACAAGGUCGAAGUGUUGUAAACCCAAACUUUAUUUUCCUUAUUCAUUCCUUAACUAUUGUGUAGAGGGAGUGUAUUUAAACAAUAUUUAAUAUGAGUACAAUAUUUUUCGCAUAUUAAUGUUCUCUUUAGAAUUCGUCACCUAACCUAAACUCGUAAUUCAAUGGUAACAAUUUAUUGCGGUUCAGUACAUCGUGCCAUUUUUGGUUCGUGGGAACUUACAUUGCGGAAUAAGAAAGGCUUUUAUUGAAUUUAUUGCGAAUGAACAAUUGGAGACGGUGUCAUUUUAGAAUUCGCUAGGUAUGUGGUUUGCAAAGGCAACAUAUGUGAAAUCUUUCAAAACAAAUAGUACAUUUAAUGAAUGAUUUUUCAUGUCUUGCUCUAUUGAUGGGAAGUGUACGUUUUAGAUCGGGUUGUUGAUGUAUUGAUCAGUAAUAAUGUCUUGCAAUUAUCUGUCAGUAUUAGAAAUUGCAGAACAUCUUGCGAGGUAAACAAAUCCCAAGCAUUUGUGUCUUUAUAUUCUGAGGAAAAUAGAUUAACAAUGAGUGAAGUUGAGGUUGAUGAAAUAAAAAAUAAUAUUCAAAAUACUUUGAAAAGCAAAUCAAAGGAGUCUGUUAGUGAUGAGCAAGGAAGUAAAAGUAAAAGAGUUGUGUUUCAAGAGAAACCAAUUAUUCUCAAUAAAGUAUCACCAAAAAUUUCUGAACCUACUGCAAAGUCAGAGGGAAUAGAAAAUGAGAAGAAAGAGAAGAAAGAACGCAACCGUCCUCCAACGAAGGUUGUUGUGCGUCGUUUGCCUCCUACAAUGACACUGGAAACAUUUGUAGACAAUGUAUCUCCAUUACCAGAGCAUGACUACGUAUAUUUUGUUCGAGCAGAUAUGAGUUUAGGCACUAAUGCCUUCUCUCGAGCAUACAUAAAUUUUAUUAACAUGGAUGAUCUUCUUACUUUUUAUGAACAGUUUGAUAAUUAUGUAUUUAUGGAUUCAAAGGGUAAUGAAUAUCCUGCUGUGGUGGAGUUUGCACCCUUUCAGAGAGUACCUAAAAAGAGACCUGGGAGGAAAAAAGAUCCUAAAGUUGGUACAUUAAAAGAUGAUCCUACGUUUAUGACAUUUGUUGCUGGUUUAAAAGAGAAGAAAGAUACAAGUAGUGUAAAACAAGCAAGUGCUGAACACUUACUUGCUUUGACUACUGAAGGUGCCAACAAGAAAGAGGUUUCUACACCACUUUUAGAAUUCAUCAAGCAGCGCCGUGCAGAGAGACUACGAGUAAGGGAAGAAAAGCGAGAAGAAAGGAAAAGAAAAGAACUAGAACGAAAAAGAAUCAAGGAGGAAGAGAGAAAGAGGCGUAAAGAUAAUGAUUCUGUUUUAAAAGUCCUUCGCAAUCCUGAACAUGAAGAUAAAGAAGAAACUGCGAAAAAUGGAAAGGAGAGGGAUCGAAGCCAGCAGAUGAUAAAGAAAAGAGAAGAUGAACGAAAGCAUAGAGAGAAAGAUAGGAAGGAUAAGCGUGAUCUAAAAAGUAGAGAUGGUCCACCCAAGACUUACAGAGAUGAUCGGCAAAAACAAGUUGAUGGCCGAAUGCCCCGCAAAAUUAUAGAAGAACAAAGACGAAAAUUGGGAGGAGAAAGAACGUUGGUGCAGAACAAAUCAGAGUUACGGAACAAUCCAGAAUAUGAUAAAACAGGACAAACCAAAGAAUCUGAUCCACGGAAAUCUCCAGGAUUUUCAAGAGACCAAGAUCAGAAAAAAGGUCCAAAUGACAAAUAUCAGAGCCAUUCAAAAGAUGGUGACAGAUUUACAAGAGAAAUUGAUGGGAGAAAAAACUAUAAAGAAAAUGAUGCAAAGAAACCGGAAAAACCUCAAGCUUUUGUAAAAGAUAAUGAAUUUAAAAGAAAUAACUAUGAAACAAGGAGAGUUAGUAAUAGCUUUAGUGAAGGUGAUGCAAAAAGAAAACCUAAUGAUAAUCAUAGUAAAAAUAAUGUCAAAAGCAAUGACCAACAGGAAUUCAAAUCAGAAUGUAGCAAAUCACAAGGUUCUGAAGAAACUGAUAGAAAGAAAUGGGAGUUGUUAGGUGCUAAACCAAAACGGUUAGUUUCUGAAGAUGAUGUUUCGAACUUGGCCAGUGAAAAUAAUUUUAAUAAAAGCAAGGAUAGUUCCUCAACAGAUUUGAAAGAAAAUAUGCCUGAUCCUUCUAUAAUAAAGUUAUAUGGAAUUCACAAACCAAUAAGAAUUCCAAUUGAAGCUGUGAAAUGUGAUACUGUUCCGGGUGUGUUAUUAAAGCGAAGAAGUUCACUUGACUCAGAUUCACAACAUAUGAGAUCAUUUGAACGUAUGUGCAUGAAACCAAGGAGACAAGUUUCUUUAGAUUCUGAAAUGUUUUUUAAAAAUGUGUGUGUGGAUAGUUCUACAAAGACUGUUAUGCUGACUAGGAGUCAAGAAUUUGAGAAAAGAAUUGAGACGAUGCCUAUGACAAGGAGGAGCUCACUUGAUUCUGGUGAUUUUAAGAAAAAAGCUAUGACUUGUGAAAGAUUUGGAUCUCCCACCGGAAAUAUUAUGAAAUUUAAAUCAGAUUUAUUUUUUCGUGAUAAUGAAAGAAAACCAUUUAUAGUUUCAAAGCCGCCAACAGACACAAAAUCUGACUCCUCUAAAGCUUCUGAAAAGCAAGAAGAAAGUAAGAAAAUGAGUGAACAUGAAGAUCAGAAAUUUGAAAGAAACAAAUGUGAUCCCAGUAAAAAUAAUGAAAAUAAAACUGAGAGUUCUGCCGGGGAAGGAAACAAACGUGAUCCUCGUGCAGAGAGGAGAAUAAGAAACAAGGAUAGGCCAAGUAUCGAAAUUUAUCGACCUGGAAUGGGACGAUUCAGCAUGCAGCGGAAGGAGCGUGAAAAAAAUGCAGGGGUUGGUAGUAGUACAGAACAAGAAUCACCAUCUAAUAGCCCCUCUCCAACACCAUCAAGUCGUCUUAUUAAUAGCUCAAAGGGUUUAAAAAACAGUCAGGAAUUGCGAUCAAUGACUUUCAAAAGAAGUGUAAGUCGAGAAAAGUAAUGCAAUUGCUGCCCGAAAUCUUCAAAUUUUCUUAGUUGAAUAUUUUGAGAUUGCUUUGAAAAUUCAACCAAAAUUAUGUUCCUGUUCUUUUAUUUUCAUUUUAAGUAUAUACUGUAUUAAAUAGCUUUUAUAAUUUGUCUUUGAUUUAUCAAUAAUUUAACUUCCUUUUGAUGUGAAAUAAUUUCAUUUUACGUUUGUAACAUUCUCAUUGUAUAAUAUGUAUUAGUGUAAUGAUUAUUCUUUUAUGAAAUAUUGUUCCUUCUGAAAAGAAAAGUUGUUCUUAAUGUUUGUUGUACUUCUUUUUUCCGUCUUUCCCUUUUUUAUAAAUGUAUUAUAUUGAAUUCAUUAUCAAUAAAUUAAUUAUUUUUCCCCCCUUUUUUUACUUGCUAUUUUCAUACUUGAGUAACAUUUAUUAAGGUUGCAAGGAGCUAUUUUUUAUGUUUCUUAGUUGUCAUAUUUCUCUCUUAUGAUGUUAAUUUGGCUUAAAUUUAAUCAGAAAUUUACAAAAAUUAAAAGUAAUUAAUGAAUGUAAUCCAAAACUGAUAAGAUAUAUCAACUAAUACCUGGAAUAGAUAGCUGAAAUUUAAGAAAUGUCUUGAAGCUUUGAUUUUCUAACAAAGAGAAUUGGCCAAAGUGAAGACCCAUUUAUUGAGACUCGUAGCAAAAACUAUUUAUAUUUACAUGUUCUGGUCAUUUCCUAUUUGAUCAUAAUAUAAUGAAGUAAACCUUGUCACUAGCAUUCUGUUUACAAUGUCACAAUUCUUUUUAGUGUUUGUAGUAGGAAUCAUUUUUUUCCAGAAUUGUUAAGCUCGAGUGGACAACGAAGCAAAGAAACAACAAAAACUUUCAUUCUUAAAAUAAAUGUAUAAAGCAGCAUGGGAUAACAGUGUAUGGGCUGAAGCAUUCCCACUUCAUAGAAAAAUUUAAUUAGGGAGGGCUGUGCCACCAAUUUCAUUGCUAGUUAUGUUUCUACAGUUAGCUUUUUCACUCAAAUAGGUCCUACUAAGACUAUUUCCUGAGAGUUGUAACCUAAACCUGUUACUAUCUUAAGUUUUUUGUGAUGCAACCAAUUUUCGCUAUCAGAACUUAAAAACUUUUGUUAUAAUCAAAUUAAAAUUUUCAUUCAUCUCUACAAGAUCUGCAGCACUUAGGCCUAGUACUCAACUCUCAAGAAGAUGAUUAUUUUAAAUGUAAAUACAAGUGUUGAUGUUUAUAUUACGUUAUAUGGCCAAAUAUCGUGGAAGUGUGUUAUGCCCAAACUUGAUAUUGUUGCUAAACUUCCCAUUUCAAUCAUAACUAGUGGUGCUAUAGAAUGACACAGACUUUUCUAUAUUAAUUUUCUAUUUUCAUUGGUCUCGGCUAGCUAUUCGAACUUGCCACACACUCUUGUCAUUGACGCUGGUCAAAGUACAUUUUUUUUACUUUAUCUUAAUUUUUCAGCUUCCUAGUUGUAGAACAGAAACAUUAUUUUUAUGAACAUAAAAGAACAUUAAACCUCAUCCUAAAUGGCAAUUUUACUUGAUAAAUUUGGAGCCGUUCUUAAGACAUUUGGUCAGCGCUGCUGUAAAUUUGAAAUUUGAACCCUUUUUUUAUCAGAAAAUUUAUGAAUUUUCGAAAAAUUUAACUAGGAGUCAUUUGGGGCAC